AUGAAACUGAAAGUUACUGGAGCAGGAAUCAACCAAGUCGUUACUUUGAAGCAAGAUGCAACACUAAAUGAUCUUAUUGAGCAUAUCAAUGUAGAUGUUAAGACGAUGAGGUUUGGAUAUCCGCCUCAAAGGAUCAAUUUGCAAGGGGAAGACGCUUCUUUGGGACAAACCCAGCUGGACGAGCUGGGUAUUAACUCUGGUGAAAAGAUUACAAUAGAGUCCUCUGAUAGUAACGAAAGCUUCAGUUUGCCACCACCACAACCCAAACCAAAGAGGGUGCUGAAGAGCACUGAGAUGUCAAUUGGUGGCAGUGGAGAAAACGUCCUAUCAGUACAUCCUGUUCUCGACGACAACUCGUGUCUGUUCCAUGCUAUUGCCUAUGGCAUCUUCAAACAAGAUAGCGUUCGUGACCUCAGGGAGAUGGUCUCUAAGGAGGUCCUCAACAACCCCGUCAAGUUCAAUGACGCCAUAUUGGACAAACCUAACAAAGAUUACGCGCAAUGGAUUUUGAAAAUGGAAUCUUGGGGUGGAGCCAUCGAGAUUGGUAUCAUAUCCGAUGCACUCGCAGUAGCUAUUUAUGUAGUCGACAUUGACGCUGUUAAAAUCGAAAAGUUCAACGAGGACAAGUUCGACAACUACAUUUUGAUACUGUUCAACGGAAUCCACUAUGAUUCCUUGACCAUGAACGAGUUUAAAACUGUUUUCAACAAGAACCAGCCGGAAUCAGAUGAUGUUCUAACAGCAGCUUUGCAACUGGCCUCAAAUUUGAAGCAAACUGGCUAUUCCUUCAACACUCAUAAGGCCCAGAUCAAAUGCAACACUUGCCAAAUGACCUUUGUGGGUGAAAGAGAAGUUGCUAGGCACGCUGAAUCCACGGGACACGUUGAUUUUGGCCAAAAUAGAUAA